CCCGGCGCGCCUCGGCUGCUCGGCUUCUCCUCUUUGCCGCCGCCGCCGCCACUGCCGCCUGCACGUCCUCCAUUUCCUCUUCCUCCGUCCGCCGCCACGAUGGCCCACUACCUCCGCGCCGUUGCUCCGGCCGUCGCCUCGGCCGCUUUGGGCCGCUCUCCUGCCGCGCUGCUCCCGGUGCUGAGCGCCUCGCAGCGUCCGCCGCACCGGCACUAUGCUGACAGAAGGAUCAAAGUUGCCAACCCUGUGGUGGAGAUGGAUGGUGAUGAGAUGACCCGGAUCAUCUGGGCCUUCAUCAAGGAGAAGCUGAUCCUGCCCAACGUAGAUGUCCAGCUGAAGUACUUUGACUUGGGGCUGCCGCAUCGGGACCAGACGGAUGACCAGGUCACCAUAGACUCUGCUCUGGCCACCCAGAAAUACAGCGUGGCUGUCAAGUGUGCCACAAUCACCCCCGAUGAAGCCCGUGUGGAAGAAUUCAAGCUAAAGAAGAUGUGGAGGAGCCCAAACGGCACCAUCAGGAACAUCCUGGGUGGGACAGUCUUCAGAGAACCAAUCAUCUGCAAGAACAUUCCUCGCCUGGUCCCGGGCUGGACAAAGGCCAUCAUCAUUGGCAGGCAUGCCCAUGGUGAUCAGUAUAGAGCCACAGAUUUCGUUGUGGAGAAGUCUGGGACGUUUAAGAUGGUCUUCACUCCCAAGGAUGGCAGCGGAGUCAAGGAGUGGGAGGUGUACAACUUCCCCGGCGGAGGCGUCGGCAUGGGCAUGUACAAUACAGAUGAGUCCAUCUCGGGCUUUGCCCACAGCUGCUUCCAGUUUGCCAUCCAAAAGAAGUGGCCCCUUUACAUGAGCACAAAGAACACCAUCCUCAAGGCCUACGAUGGGCGUUUCAAGGACAUCUUCCAGGAGAUCUUUGAAAAGCACUACAAGACAGAUUUUGACAAGCUCAAGAUCUGGUACGAGCACCGUCUCAUUGACGACAUGGUGGCCCAGGUGAUAAAAUCGGCAGGUGGCUUUGUUUGGGCGUGCAAGAACUACGAUGGAGAUGUCCAGUCUGACAUCUUGGCCCAAGGGUUUGGCUCACUCGGCCUCAUGACUUCCAUCCUCGUCUGCCCGGAUGGGAAGACCAUCGAAGCGGAGGCAGCUCAUGGCACUGUUACACGCCACUACCGGGAGCACCAGAAGGGCAAUCCCACCAGUACCAACCCUAUCGCAAGCAUCUUUGCCUGGACAGGAGGCCUGAAGCACAGAGGCAAAUUGGACAGCAACGCUGACCUCAUCAAGUUUGCUCAGACUCUGGAGAAUGUCUGCAUUGAGACAGUGGAGAGUGGUUCCAUGACAAAGGAUCUGGCUGGCUGCAUUCAUGGAUUAAACAAUGUGAAGCUCAACGAGCAUUAUUUGAACACCACUGACUUCCUGGAUGCUAUCAAGAACAACCUGAACAAAGCUCUGGGCAAAUAGGAGCAGCUGGAGGAGGGCGCUGGAGCGUGCUGGUAGGGGGUGGAGGAGUGCACAGCAUAGCAUGGAGGCACACAAUGAAGGAAGGGGGAUUGCCUCAUUUUUAACAGAACAAAUUCUGGCUGUUUGUACUGUCAACCAGAGACAUUUUUGUGGCCUGGUUGUUUUUUUAAAACCUUUUUAGCUGCCCUACUUGGGCUCCAAUAACAUGUCCCACCUGCUGCUACUGCUGGCUUGGGGGAAGGUCUCAGUGCUGGACCCCCCCCCCCCCCGCCAGGCGGUCAUAAUGGUUUGUGCUGUAAUUUAUGUACUGUGGUUUGGGCCUCAUGGUACCAAAUAGAGCUAUUAAAUUAUAGCUUUUACACA